AUGCCCGCCUCACUCACCAACAUCGCCCGCGACUCCUCGCCGGCACCGCCGCCCAGGUACACGCCCCCGCCGCCGUCGUACGGGGCCACCGACACCGACCUCGAGGCCAAUGUGGUCGUUGCGAAGCCAGACGUGAAGCUGUUGUCGUCGUCGCCGUCGUCGUCGUCGUCGCCCAAGAAGGUCGAUGCCACGGCGGCCGAGGUGCGCAUGGAGCCGGCGUGGAUGGCGUGGCGGCGUGAGCGCAUGCAGAUUCUGGGGCCGGUGCAGCAGGACAAGCGCGUGCUGCUGUGGGCGUGGUCGCUGCUAUGUAUCUUCGCCAUCGUGCUGGGCGUCGGGCUUGGGCUGGCACCCGCCCGUCCCGACACUCCGACCGAGCCGGCCCGGGAUCAGGGCGCUGCUCUGCCCGACCUCUCGAAACACCUACCCCUCAACCGCCUCCAAACGGAAAAGCUUGUCAUCUACUUGCUGCACCCGUUCGGCACAGCGCCCUCUGCAUCCGCCGCCUCGCCGGACAACACCCCCAUCCAGCCCAGCCCGUGGCCCGCAAGCCCUAUCCACUUACGUCAACCCUGGGGCUGCUUCCACUUCACUCUCGCCUACUCGUCUACCGCUUCCGGCACCACCCUCCCUAGUCUCCCUACUUUGCUGUUUAAAUACCAUGCCUGCCCCGCGCCCAGCUGUCCGUUCUCCACCAACCAUCCUUCCUUCGCUUUCCUGUUUGAUCCUGGCUACUUUCUUGCAAUCACUUUCACCAUGAAGUUCACCUCUGCCGCUCUCUGCGCUGGCGCAGCCGCUCUCGUCUCGGCCGUCCCGACCAAGACGCUCAACCGUCGCGCCGACUUCUGCGACCAGUGGGGCAGCGCCGUCACCGGCACCUACACCGUCUACAACAACCUCUGGGGCCAGGCCAACGCCGACUCGGGCUCCCAGUGCACCGGCGUCGACUCCCUGAGCGGCUCCACCCUUGCCUGGCACACCAGCUGGACCUGGACCGGCGGCGCCGGCCAGGUCAAGUCCUACGCCAACGUCGUCCUCACCGACGUCGAGCAGAAGCAGCUCUCGGCCAUCUCCUCGAUCCCCUCGACCUGGCAGUGGUCGUACGAGGGCUCGGACCUCGUCGCCGACGUCGCCUACGACCUCUUCACCUCGUCGACCGCCGGCGGCGACGAGGAGUACGAGAUCAUGAUCUGGCUCAGCGCCCUCGGCGGCGCCGGCCCCAUCUCGUCGACCGGCUCGUCCAUCGCCACCACCACCCUCGGCGGCGUCAGCUUCGACCUGUACUCGGGCCCCAACGGCCAGAUGACCGUCUUCUCCUUCGUCGCCAGCAGCGACGCCAAGGACUUCAGCGCCGACCUCAAGGACUUCGUCGACUACCUCACCGCCAACCAGGGCCUGUCCACCUCCCAGUACAUCAAGAGCAUCGGCGCCGGCACCGAGCCCUUUUCCGGCACCGACGCCGUCUUCACCACCACCGCUUUCUCCGUCUCCAUGUCGUAG